AGCAACUCCAUCUUCCCAGCUCCGCCGACCGCGCCGAGACGCGGGCGCAGUGGCCAGCUUUCCCCGUGGCAUUUCCCGUGACAGCUGCCGGGCUCCAUUCCCUGGGCUGUCGGAGGCCGGCAGGAAGCAAAGUUUGCCAGGAGCCGCGGGGUGACUUUCCUCGGGGACCCGCAUUCGUGCGUGUGCGAGCCGCCUCGGUGUGCGCAGAGCGUCCCCCAGGUUCUCGGGCAGUGGGUGCUGGGCUCCCAGCCCCUCCCUUCCCCGAGCCCCAUUCGGCGCUUUCUUUAGGAAAAGUGAUGACACGAACUAGUAGUGGAGGAUCGCCGGCUCCUGCUCCCCGCCCUGGGAAGGGAGGGGAGCCUUGGAGAACUUGUCAGUGAGAGCUGGAAGCAGGCUGCCGGGCUCAGCACCCCGAAAGGCGAAAGGCAGGAUUUAGGGGCAGGGCGCGGGGGAGCGGACGGGGCCCCAGCUGCUGGAUGCCGCGCUCUGACCUCGGCGAUGAGGGAACAGCCCUUAUCUGCCCGGCCCUCAUCUGCCCGGCUCUAAUUCUCCAGGCUGUGGUGGCGGUGGAAUGCCCAAACCAGGACAUGAUGGAAACAGGACUUGGAGAUCCUUUCAGAAUGCCGGAGGAAAGUUCUCCCAGGCGGACCCCGCAAAACGUUCCGUACCAGGACCUCCCUCAUUUGGUCAACGCUGAUGGACAGUACCUGUUCUGCAGGUACUGGAAACCCGCCGGGUCUCCCAAGGGCCUCGUCUUUGUGUCCCAUGGAGCCGGGGAGCACUGUGGCCGCUAUGAUGAACUCGCUCAGAUGCUGGUGGGGCUGCAACUGCUGGUGUUCGCCCAUGACCAUGUGGGCCAUGGACAGAGCGAAGGGGAGAGGAUGGUAGUGUCCGACUUCCACGUUUUCGUCAGGGAUGCCUUACAGCACGUGGAUGCUGUGCAGAAAGACCACCCGGGGCUGCCCGUCUUCCUUCUGGGCCACUCCAUGGGCGGUGCCAUCGCCAUCCUCACGGCCGCGGAGAGGCCAAGCCACUUCUCUGGCAUGGUUCUCAUUUCACCUUUGGUUCUGGCCAGUCCUGAGUCCGCAACGACUUUCAAGGUCCUUGCUGCGAAGGUUCUCAACGUUGUCCUACCAAACAUGUCCCUGGGCCCGAUCGACUCCAGCGUGCUCUCUCGGAAUAAGACGGAGGUCGACCUUUAUAACACGGACCCCCUCAUCUGCCGGGCAGGGAUGAAAGUGAGCUUCGGCAUGCAGCUGCUCAAUGCUGUCUCCAGGGUGGAGCGGGCCUUCCCCAAGCUGACCUUGCCCUUCCUGCUGCUCCAGGGCUCUGCUGACCGCCUGUGCGACAGCAAAGGGGCCUACUUGCUCAUGGAGUCCGCCAAGAGCCAGGACAAGACACUCAAGAUUUACGAAGGUGCCUACCACGUUCUCCACAAAGAGCUUCCUGAAGUAACCAACUCCGUCUUCCAUGAAAUAAAGAUGUGGGUCUCUCAAAGGACAGCAGCGGCGAGAACAGGGUCCCCACCCUGAGCGCACGUCCAGGCCCCCGGCCCACAGCUGGGGAAGUGGGCAGAGGAAGGGCAGAAGCUGACCUCUCAGAUGUGACUUAAAAAAAAAUUACGAAUUGGAGGAAUCCCUAGCAUAAUUCACUAAAGAAAAAAGGCACUCUUGUCCUACGUUAGGUUGUCCUGUCCCUGGAUCUACCUGAAGGGGUAGACUCUUUAUGCAAAAACAGAGAAGGGUCGUGAAGGCAGUUUUCCAGAGACGGAAUGUGCUGGAAUAUCCUUAAAACACAGCACAGCCUCUGCCCUGCCUCUCCUAGCUCCCGCAGGGUUCCCAGGGAUUCCUGGUGUUCCGGGACACCUGACUGCAAUAAUUGGAGGAGUCCCUCUCCUGCUCACCCCUCCAGCCACCUCCCACCCCCACCCCCACGGCCUCAGGCUGGCCUCUCUCUGGCCAUGGUGGUCGGCCCCAGCUUCCCAGGCAGACUCACAUGCCCCCUGAGGCCCAGAAAAUGCCUCACGCUUCCUCAGAAUGCAUCGCCCCCAUGACCCCUGUCAGCUCCCGGUCAGCAGGAGCUGGGCGUUGGGGUGGCAUGAAACAUGGCUGGAGACCCUGCUCUCCUUCCUUCCCUUCAGGGGGCCUGAGGCUGCCCACCGAGAGCUGGGUGUUCAGGGGCUGCCUUUCCUUCCAUGACUUGUUGUACUUGACACUGAGAUGAUUGUAUUGAAGAGGAAAGUAUCUUCUAAAGCAGAGACGAUGUGUAGACGGGUGGUGGGACCAAGGGGGCUCGUGCCUCCGCACAGGAGUGGGGACAAGCUAGCCUGGGGACCCUGUGCUAAAGGCAUCCAGGCACAACCCCGGAGGCAGGCCCCAGCGCCCGCAGUGGCAGUGGCAGUGGCAGGCUUGUCCCUGGCCCCCACUGCUUGGGCUCACAGCAGCCCCGGAAGCUCAGUGCUGGCAGCACAGCUACCUCUGGUGGCAGGAGAAGGGAGUCCCAACUCGGUGGCCCUGCAGCCAGGUGGGCGGUGGGCAGGCGAGGCUGGCGAAUAGGGCCAACCUUUCCUACUGAGGCCCGCACCUGACCGGCCUUUCUCAGGUGCCAACCCCCGCCCGCAGCCCUCACUUAGUGCCAGCAAUAAAGGGGAUCACUGCCCACUGCAGGAAUACCUUCCCUCUCAGUCAGCCUGGCCGUGACCUCAGGAGGCCCCUUAGUGUAACGAUGACUGUGUGGGGGCCGGGGCACUGGAGGGCAGUUGCUGGGA